AUGGCACAUCCGCGGGCAGCUGCUGCUGCUGCCCAUACGGUGAGGCAUGCAGAUCCGUGGCGGGUUGCUGCUGCUGCUGCUGCCCAUGCAGCGAGGCAUGCAUAUCCGUGGCGGGCUGCUGCUGCUGCUGCUGCUGCCCAUACGGUGAGGCAUGCAGAUCCGUGCCGGGCUGGUGCUGCUGCUGCUGCCCAUACGGUGAGGCAUGCAGAUCCGUGGCGGGCUGUUGCUGCUGCUGCUGCCCAUAUGGUGAGGCAUGUUGAUCCGUGGCGGGCUGCUGCUACUGCUGCUGCUGCCCAUACGGAGAGUUCCGCAGCUGCUGCUGCUACUGCCCAUAUAGUGAGGUAUGCAGACCCGUGGUGGUCUGCAUCUGCUGCUGCUGCUGUCCAUUAG